UAGAUUAUUUUCAAAAAAUCACAUAAGUUUUUUCUUUUCUUUUUAUUUACACAGGGACGAUCCUUUAAUUGAGAUAAGUACGUGGUUGCUUAAAAAUUAAUUAAUGGGGAGAUCAGGAGCUGCUGCUGGAGAUUUGUUACUACUCAUUGCUCAAAACAUUGACGUUCUUGCUGGGCCAUUAGUUAGUUUGGCUUACCCUCUAUACGCCUCUAUCAGAGCAAUUGAGACUAAAAAUACUGCAGAUGAUCAGCAAUGGCUUACGUAUUGGGUCUUGUAUUCUAUGAUCACUCUUUUUGAGCUCACCUUUUACACACUUGUUGACUGGAUCCCAUUCUGGUCAUACUUAAAACUAGUUAUAACGUGCUGGUUGGUUAUACCUCAAUUCAGUGGUGCUACAUAUGUAUACCAGCACUAUGUUAGACCUUUCUACACUGGAGACAAGACUGCAGCCAACCUCUGGAAUGUCCCAAGUAAGAAACACAAUUUGACACCAAUCUCCGCGCAAGAUGACAUCCUAGUCUCUGGUGACAAAUACACUCACGAAUACCGCCCAGAUGAAACCAUUCAAUAUGCUAAUGUUGGUGGGGGAGUUAAUUAUAGAGGCAACACUUUCUUCUCAGAAGAUGACUAUGGGUAUUGAGGUCAGUGUGGAUCAUGCGACACCCAAUAAGUUUUGGGCUCAGAAUACACCUUGAUGAGUAUAUAAUCUUUAAACUUUGUUUAUGGUAUGUCGUUAAGUUUCAUAACGUUAGUUGUGGGUCUAAAUGUAAAUCGAGUUGCAGUUGAGUCUGCAUACAAUUCAAUAAUGUAUCACUGUCUGUUCUUAAAUUAACAGAAUUUUGGUUCAACUUA